AUGACGAAUUUAGAAAUGAAAAAUUCCCGCCGCAGUGGGCCCUUGAAAGUGGUCAUCGUUGGCGGGUCUGUCGCCGGCCUAACUCUCGCUCACUGUCUCGACCGCGCUAGUAUUGACUAUGUCAUCCUAGAAAAGCGUCGAGAGAUUGCUCCACAAGAAGGAGCUUCAAUCGGGAUCAUGCCCAAUGGCGCACGUAUCUUAGAGCAGUUGGGGCUCUAUGCAAACUUAGAGGCGGUUGUUCACCCAUUGGAGACGGCAUAUAUUACCUAUCCUGACAGUUUCUCCUACCGCAGUCAUUUCCCUGACCUUCUCCGCAAGCGAUUUGGAUUUCCCUUGGCCUUCUUGGACCGUCAAGCAGUCUUCCAGCAUUUGAGCGCCUCUCUUCCAGCCGCCGAUCGACUUUACUGUGCAGACUACGGCUGUGUGUUUGGUAUCUCAAGGCCACACCUGAAGCUCGUGGCUGGACAACAAAUUCCUUGCUACAAUGAUGGCUGGAGUAUUUUGAGUGUGAUUGGCAAGAACGGCCGUAUCUACUGGUUCCUUUUCUUCCGUCUUGAUCAACGCUAUACCUACACCAAUGCUACACGUUUCUCGUCCGAUGAAGGAGCUCAGCGAUGUGCGAAAUUUGGUAGUGAGCCCUACUGGCAGGAUAUCACCUUUGGCGAGGUGUGGGAGCGACGCGAAACCUUCAACACGACUGUUCUGGAGGAAUAUCUCCUUUCCCAAUGGCAUUGGGGCAGGAUUGUCUGUCUGGGCGAUAGCGUGCACAAGAUCGCUCCCCAUACGGGGCAAGGCGCCAACUGUACUGGAAGAUGCCGCUGCGCUGUGUAA